AAUGAGACACACUGAGAAGAGGCAGUGCGAGGGCAACGCCUCACAGCACCGGGAUUCUCUCCCUCUCUCGCUCCUCUGUCUUUCAAGCGUAAAAACCAAAAGAUCAUCAUUUGGGAUUUCAUCUCCUCUCUACGUGGACCUGCUUUUUGGAACAUUUUGUCUCUCUACAAAGGUGAAGAAUGACUUUAGGGCUGAAAGGCAGGAUUCUUUGACUUGUGAUUUCAGCUGGAGUCAUCUUUGUCUCACACCUGCUGUCUGUGCUGAGUGGGGAAAUAGGUUAGUGUGCCUGAGCGGUUUCACCCAUCAGAGUUGUUGAUUCUUUCGCGUAUCGUGGAAGGAAGGAGAGGGGAUGCCUUCCUGACUGUGCCACUGCUCUGUAGCCUUGCAAGCAUUUGGAAGGGAGAGAUGCUGCUGAUGAACCUCUAGCCAACGUGUCCUCGGCUGAAUUCUGGAUUUACCAAGAGGUUGGAGCUGGGAAGGAAGACGUUUUCUUUAAUUCUAUUGGAUAAGGCUUUACCUGGCUGCCAUGGAUAUCAACCUCCAGUCGCACAGGUUUUACUUUCCCCAGAUCUACUGUGCCGAUCCGGGAGCUCAACCACAGCUCGCUGAGUUCAAAGUCAGUGAGCAAAGCAUCUGCCAGGCGCGGGCCUCAGUCAUGGUCUACGACGACACCAGUAAGAAGUGGGUGCCCAUCAAGCCAGGACAACAGGGAUUCAGCCGCAUCAACAUCUACCACAACACUGCCAACAACACCUUCCGAGUGGUGGGUGUCAAACUGCAGGACCAGCAGGUGGUCAUUAACUACUCCAUAGUGAAGGGUCUCAAAUACAACCAGGCCACUCCGACCUUCCACCAGUGGAGGGACGCCAGACAGGUCUAUGGUCUCAACUUUGCCAGCAAGGAGGAGGCCACCACCUUCUCCAACGCCAUGCUCUUCGCCCUCAAUGUGCUGAGUGCUCAGGAUGGAGGUCCAGUUGUCCAGCGGCAAGUCCAAAACGGGCCGACUUCAGAAGAGAUUGAAGUUCAGAGAGCAAGGCAGAUGAUGGAGCAGCAGCAGCAGCAGAUGCAGGUGCAAAUGGAGCGAGAGCGGCGGUCAUCAAACUCAGGUUCUCCUUUCCAAGGCCAUCCUGCUGUGCUCUCAGUAGCGCCCCCUGUAAUUCCUCCUCCUAUGAACAUGGGUGGUGGGCCUCCCCCUCCUCCACCUCCUCCAGGACCACCACCACCUUCAGCUGCCGCACCUCAGCCUCCUCUUCCUCCACCGCUGCCAGUGGGGGGCGCCCCGGCCGACGAGGCCCCUGCCCCGACUGGACUGGCUGCGAUGAUAGCAGGAGCCAAGCUGCGGCGCGUUCAAAGACCUGAAGACAGCUCCUCCAGCACCAAAAACGAUGCCAACCGGACCAGCGGAGGAAGCGGGGGAUUGAUGGAGGAGAUGAACGCGCUGCUGGCUCGAAGAAGGAAAGCAGCAUCAGAGAAACCAGAGGACAGUCAAAAUGAUGAUGCUAACUCUCCUGGUAACCGCAGCGGACAGAACUCCACCGAUGGCGCUAAAAAAGCUUGGGACAGAGCAAACUCAGCAGACAGGUCGAUGGCCUCCAGGGUCCGGCCAGCAGCAGGCUCCAGCGACGCCGACUCGCCUGACAUGGACAGAAUGAAACAGGAAAUCCUGGAUGAAGUAUUCCGCGAAUUGCACAGAGUGAAGGAGGAAAUCAUUGAUGCCAUUAGACACGAAUUGAGUCGAGUUAGCACGACAUAAUCCUGCGGGACCCUCUUCCCCCCCCCGCCUGCCCCACACUUGACCUGAACCACCAAUGCCCUGCAGCAGCUGCUGUAGCCCCGAGGAGGAGGAUGAAACGGGGAGUCAGGACCGGAGGCCCAAACUGUGACAUCCACUCAUCGUGUUCUGCUGAGGUUUUGAAGCAACAAGACAUGUUGCUGUCACUUCAGACAUUUCUGUGUAAUGUCUUUUUUUUUUGAGGGAGGUUGUGAGUCAACUGCACUCUCACUAAGACUCCUCUGAUUCUCUGUGUCUGACCCUGUUUGUCCUUCAACCCAAAGGAAAGCAUAAAAGUACUUCAUUUGUUUUGUUAUUUUCCACAACCUUGACUAACUCUUUAAAAGAUUACUAAUAUUUAUCUCAUCCUUUUUUAUCAUUCUCUAGAUCUUCAGUGUACUUUUAUGUGAGUUUUAGUAGUCUAGUGCGUACACUGGUGAUCACUAGCAAAUGAUAAUAGGAUGUUGAUUAUUAUUAUUAUAUUUUAUAUUGGGGUUUUUUUCAACAGAAAAUCAUUCCUGUUCAUGUUAUAUUUUCAGCAGUGUGUUGAAAGAUUUUUAUCCUCUUUGCCGACACACCACGAGUAGCAAAAACACAACCAGCUAAAAUCAGAGGGGGGUUAAUGUAAAUCUGCAAUUAUGAAGAAAAUAAAAAAAAUAAAUGAAACACAUGCGUGUUUGUGAUGGUGUUAAUAAAAUGUUUAUUGGCUGCAAAAAAAAAUAUUGUUCAUUUCAUUCUACUUUUGUUAAAAAGUGCUUCCUGAUUUGACCACAAAGAGUAACGCACUGAGUUUAAAAUGCAUUCAAAUAAAACUGUGAACCAAAUCUUA